AUGAGGGUGGGUGUGGCGCUGCUAGUAGCAGCGGCCAUGGCGGGGAUAGUAGGCGGGAGCGGUAGAGCAGAGCUACUAGAGGACGGAGAUCGAGCUGCUCCAGCUUCAGAGCUGCAGCUCGAUCAGGCGGGGAGGGAGCAGGCGCUGAAUGGUAUUGCCAUGGGCACGCACGGAGGAGCUGACGGCUUGCACAACAUCCCCACCCAGCGGCCGACAUGGGAGCGAGGAGGAGCGACAUGGGUCUAUGGAUCAAUCUAUGGCGAUGGCAUUCGACCCCAGGACAGCGUUUGGUGCGAUUGCGACUCACCGGAGGAGUGCAAGGCAAAGUGUGGGGGGAAAGAAGAGCAGGUCGAGGCUCCUGAGAGCCCUCCCAAAGGGCAGGAGGAGGUUCAGGGUGAACCCCCCCAGGAGGAGCAGCAGGAGCAGCAGGAGCAGCCAGCGGAGACGCAGGCUGAAGAAGCACCGGCAGCUGAGCCGGAGGCGGAGGAGGCUGUGCCGGCUCGACCACGCUACAGGGACGAGAAGCCACGAGAGAAAGCCUCGCGGCAGCGGCAGCAGCAGCAGCAAGAGGAGAAGCGAAUGGGUGGCACAGGAUACGUUCUUACGCUUCCGCAAGAGGGCUACGAACCUAAACUCCCGGUGAGCGGUCAACCUGUGGCAUAUCCUGCUCAACAGACUUCAGGCUGGUCCAACACUCAAGCAGCUCCCACAUGGACCUCAGCACAAGCGACAUUCGAAAACAGCGGACUGGUCCCGUCUCGAUGGACUUCGGAGGAUGCUGCAGAGCACACGUUGAACCUUCAACAGUGGAGAAUAUCGAUUCUUCGUUCAAAGUUGAAGCAAGCGAGGUUGAGGAAGGAGUUGAUGAAAGUUGCGACGGUUCCGAUCGAUCUCGGACGGCAAUCCCUUCACAGUCGUCCCAGGUCGGACUCGAGGGGUCAAGGGGAGUCGCAGGAGAUCGAUUCGCUCAAGAAGGACCUCGUGGCCGUUGCGAGCGAGACGGCAAGCGCGAGACCUUUUUCUUCUCGUGCGUUGACGUUGAGAUCGCCAGCUACCUCUUCGAGUUCGCAAGCCGCUCAAUCAAAGGCGACCUCGCCGUCCAACAAGCACUUGGCGUCAAGGUUGCAAGAUGUUCAGAAGAAGACUCUCUCCCUCCUCCAUGCUCUCUCCAACAGAGUGGACGCGGUGGUGGCAGAAAGGAAGCGAUCGGAGAGGCUGAAGCGCAGCAAGAUGCUUUCGAGCAUCAGAAGCCAUCUGAGAAAACAGGCGAGUGAAGGUCCUGCCCUGAGGCAUGUCAACGCUGCGGUGGAGCGGAAGAGGGAGGAGGAGGAGAGAGCUGCGAGGAGGAAGAGUGAGGUGGGGGAGGUGCAGUCGGCGUUAGGAAACAUUCAGAAGAGCGUCGAGAGCUCGUCGGAGGCUGUGCGGGAGGAGGGGAAGAGGUCCAAGAGGAAGGAGGAGAAGAUCCUGGCUGUACGCGACAAGGCCGACAAGGAGUUGGACUCUUUGCUCAAGACAGUCGACGAGGCGAUUGCAAGGAAGAAGUGGAGGGAGAAGAUGAGAGACGGGGCGUGA